GGUCUCCACCUGCCAAUACCUGCCUGCCUUUCACGGGAAUACCACAGCAAUAUUCAUCAUGAUGCUUGGGCAGCAGCUCAUAGUGACUGUGCUGUGUUUCGGUGCUGUUUUUGCAGCGCCAAACCCGAAGGAAGACAGCCUGAACAACUAUAUCGACAUGGUGAUGGAGAACCUUCAGAUCCUGAUCGUGGAGAAUGGAUAUGACCCCGCGGUGCUGCCCAACGCCACCACCGGCUUCAGCGACACGGUCCUUGGCGUCACCUGGCACGGCGAGGCCACCGCCUACGACGGCUGGCUGCGCGGCCUCGCCAGCGUCUACCGCUCCGAGAACGCCGAGUUCGUCCGCGAUGACAACGGCGUCGUCAUCGGACUCUCCACCGGCAUGGGCCUCUCUACCAUGCAGGGCCACUAUAAGCUUCUGGCCAAAUUCAUGGACCUUGGCCCCGUGGCGGAUGUGGUCAUAGACAUCAAUGGUGCCAGCAUCUUCUUCGCUGCCGCCCUGGACCGCACCGCCUGCCGCUUCCACGUGUCCACCAUGGAGGUCACGAACAUUGGCCAUAUCAGCGUGGACAUCCAUGGUCUUGGUCCUCUGAACUGGAUCUUCGAGAUUGUGGUUGACAUGGUGGUUAAUGUGGUGCGCCUCUUCAUCAAGAACACGGUCGAAAACAUCAUCCAGGGAUUCACCAACGACGUGCUGGAUCAGCUCGACCUCGGCAUCCUCGGCUCCAUCAUCGGCUGCGACAACCCCCAGCUUGUCCUUCAUCGCCAGCCACGCAGCUUCAGUCCUCGGGCGUAGGCGCGUCUGCUGGGCCUACCUUGUCCUCCAGCCCUUCGUCGACGCCAGGAGGAGGAUGGCUUUGGAAGCCGGAAAUGAUAAAUAUUUUCUUGAAUAAAGAACUUUAAAAUUA